AUGGAUUCUAAUAAUAAUGAAAAUACAGAAAUGUCUGAAUAGAAGAAGCAAUUUCUUAAAGCAUUUUUAAGAGUAUGGAAACUAAAAAAAGAUUAAGAAUUAAAAUAGAAAGAGAAAUAAUAAGAAUAAACAGAAGAAUAAACAUAAGAAUAGACAUAAGAAAUUUAAUCAGAAUAAAUAUAACCUAAAAGUUAAGUGUUUUCAAGAGAAGAAUAUGCUAGAGAUCAAUUUUGGGAAGAUAGAUAUAAAGAACAUAAAGGAAGAUUUGAUUGGUAUGUAGAAUGGCCUUAACUUAAAUUCUAUUUAGAACAAACUAAAUUUAAAAUAAACAAAGAAAGUUCAAUAUUAAUGGUUGGAUGUGGUAAUUCAGCAUUAUCUGAAUAAAUGUAUAAAGAUGGGUAUAUAUUUAUUUAUCUAUAUAUUAUAGUUAUCAUAAUAUUGUUUCAAUUGAUAUAUCUACAACUAUUAUUGAUAGAAUGUAGGAAUCUGCUAAUAAAUAAAAUAUGAAAUUAUAAUAUUUGGUUAUGGAUGCAACAUCUAUGGAUUUUUAAGAUAAAUAAUUUGAUAUUGCAUUUGAUAAAGGUACAUUAGAUGCAUUAUCAUGUGGUGAUGAUACUAAAAAUUUAUUAUUGUUAAAAGAAAUAAAUAGAGUGGCAAAAUAACUCUUAUUUGUUAGCCAUUCUUCACAUUAAAAAAGAAUUGUAUUUUUUUUAUUAUUAAUUUAAGAAUAUUAUGGAAUAAGUAUUUGAAAGUAGAAAUGUAUUUGAAACUAAAAUUAAAUUAUCUGGUUAAGCUGAAUUAAUUAAUAUUAUUAGAACUAGAUUAAAAGAUAAACCAUUAAGUUAUGUAUUAAAAGAUAAAGAUUCUUUGGUUUAAUGUAUAAAUGAAUAUAAAUAAUCAUAAAAAUAAUAAAAAUAAGAAUAAUAAGAAGAAAUAUAUGAAUAUUUAAUAAUUAAAAGAGAAUAAUAAUAAUAAGAUGAAUAAUAAUAGGAUGAAUAAUAAUAAUAGGAUGAAUAAUAAUAAUUGGAUUAAUAAUAAUAAUAAUAAUAAUAAUAAUAAUAAUAAUAAUAAUAAGAAGAAGAACAAUAAGAAGUAUAAUUAUAAUAAUAAUAAACCAUAAUAUAAUAAUAAAUUACCUUAUAAUAAGAUGAAUCUUAAAAUAUCUAAUAAGAUGAAAAUAUUAAUUAAAUUGAAACCAAUAAUGAAAAUUAAAUAACUGAAGAUAAUUAGAUUAAUUAUGAUCCCAGAAGAUAAUCUCAUUGUUAUCUAUAUAAGAUUUUAUGA